AUGAAUAAGGAAAAUAAGGAAAAUAUGGGAGAGAGACCGUCUAGAAGUAUAUUGAAGAAUGAUACGACGCUACCAUUGUUGCCAUCCACAAACCGUUUAAACAGAAGAGUAUCCUUUCAUCCCGAAGUGACGCUUCAUAAGAUAAAUUUUGUCCCAGUACAGGCAGAUAAAAGAAGGGAAACCAUUGCCAUCAUUCCGCUGCUGAGAGAUAAUAGUGAUUCUGGCAAUUCCUCUAUUGAAUCUAGGGAUGAUAGUAAUAGCACGUCUGAUGAUAAUACAAUGGGGACUGCUCGUGAUGAUACGGAACAGAACCAAGGAACGUAUAACGACGAUAAUAGUAAUAAGGUAGACGAAGAUUCGGACGAGGAUUUAGCAAACUUUGACGGCAAUGAUGACGAAGGUGAAGAAGAAACUAUGGAAUUGACGGGACAAUUUGUUCCUAACCCUGAGGCUGCAACAGAUAGCACGCGUGAUAAUGAUAUGGAUAAAGGAAAUAAUGCUAUCAUGACACCCAACGAUGUUGAAGAGAUAGAAACAUUAAGCAAUAGUAAAGGGAAUGAUAGCAGCAAUUCCCCCACUGUUGACUCCCCUCCGUAUUAUCAAGAUGAGGAAGAAGGAGACAUGGAACUUACCAGUAACAUUGGGCUUAAUUACCAAAACAUUAUCAAAACGGUUGAAAGUAGUAUUAAUUCUGAAAAGCUGAAUGUUGAACAACCCGAACAAAAUAUUGAAACCCGUGAAGUUUCAGAUGAUGGUCCCGAAAUAAAUAGUGAUAAUGAGACUGCUACAAGAACCGGUGAUCGUGUAGACGAAGAAUCAAUGGGUAUUCCAGAGUCUGCUAAUGACCAUAAGGAUUUAGAAUAUCGUAGAGAGGUUAAUAAUAGCGAAGACAUGAGAACUGUGAAAGAAAAUGAGUAUGAAUUAGAAGAAACUAUGGAUAUAACCAGAUUUUAUUCGCACAUUAACAUCCAGAAUAGCACCAACUAUCAGGAAAAUGACCAGUUAAAUCAGGAGAUUACCAUGGACAUGACUAGAAUAUAUCACCAAGAAAACAGGACCGAAUUAAUAAAUGAGCUUCCUGAUACUGGCCCAAUAAUGCAAGACAAUGAAAGUCAGAAAGUACAAGAAAAUGAAUCAAUUAUGGAAUUUACCCAAGAGUUGGGAAAGAUAAAUAUAUCCGAUUUAGACCAGGUGAAUCAAUUAGGAAAUAUUCAAUUCCAAGAGGUCGAAAAUGAAACCAUUCCAAGUAAUGAAAGUGAGCAAAAUCAUAAAAAUAGUAGAAUAAAUAAUGAGCUGCAACCGGAGACAGACAUAAAAGCAGUCACUUCAGAAGAUAUUUCUAAUGAAGUACAAACUGGUGAUUAUGAAGAUGGUCAUUCUGAAGGUAAUAAAGAGGAAUCAUAUAAAGAAAACAAAAACUUGGAAGAUGAUUGUGCAAAUCAAGAGAUUGAAGCUAAGGAGAUUCAUUCAGAUCAUGACGAUGAACAAUCUGCACAACAAGAAGAGGGAAAUAUUUCUAAUCAAUUUGCUACGACUACGAAUGUAAAUGAAACGAUUCAAAAUGUAGAUAAAGAUACUCAGGAUUACACAUACAUGGAGUCAACUCAAAUUGAACAAGAUGGGAAUCGAGAAGAAUCUGCUAAGACUGAAACUAAUCAUGAAGGCGAUCAACCAUCUCAAAAAAUGCAAUUGACUCAAGAAUAUGGUGAAAUAAAGCAAGUUCAACUCAAGAGGACAUUAGAUGAUGUUGAGGAAUUACCGCAUAAGUAUCCCAAGAUUGAUUACAAUGAUAAUAUCAACAAGACAAUAACUACUACUAUCCCCUUAGCUGAUAUAAGUACGGAUUCCAUUGAAGCUGAUGACGAAUUAGACCCAAAUUACAUACCAGUUUCACUAAACGAUUUUUUGAAAGAUAUAAGCAUUAGGUUCUAUGAUGACUUAGAAAUUGGUAUUAAAUCUGUCGACAGGAUAAGUAUUUCAUUACCAAAAAUUAAUAAUGAAGAAAACUAUAAAUUUGAUGACUUUGUUUCCGCUAUGAAUAAAAUGCCUUUAUUAGAACUCUAUGAAUUCAGUUGCAAGGAACUUACCAAAAAUAUCAAAGAUGGAACUAUGCUCUUUGAUCAAUUCAAUCAAUUCACAAUGGAAAACAAUCCUAGAUUAUUCAAGCAAUAUUAUCUGAGUACUCCAAAUGAGAAAUUAAGCAUGAAAUCGCAGUUCCAAUUAAUCAAAGAUUACACAAGACAUCAAGCCAAGGAGGUGUGGUAUGGCUGGAGAACCCAGCUAAUCAAGAAUUUGAUUAUCCAAUUAGAUGAGAAGCAUGAUACUCUUGUUCAAGACAAACUGCUCCUAUUGAAGAACUUGACACUUAUCAAUAGAAUUCACGAACAACUAAAAAUUAGAUUUGACAAUUUGUCAAAUCAAUUGAACCAAUUAUUGCAAAUUGAAAGUCAUUGUAAUGAUAUAAAUUCAAGUGAUUUGGUUUCCUUAAGGGAUGAAUUGACAACUACUUGUAAACAAUUCAAGGAAAACCAACAAACCCAGACCAAACAAAAUGAAGAAUUAAAUAAGUUAAACUCAAUUAUCAGCGAUAAUAAGGCUUUGAUAAAUGCGUUCACUGAUGAAAUAAAUGAAGUGGAGAAGUCCUUAAAUACCAACAAAAAGUACGAAUUGUCAGAAAUUGAAUUAUUAAAAUUAAAAUUUAACUUUUUACAGUCCUUCACCAACUUAAACUACAAAUAUAUGGAAGGUACGAAACUCGUUUUCCAUUUUAUGGGUGUGGAAGUUGCAAUGGAUUUUAAGGAUAUUCAUGAUUUAAGCAACAUAAGCUAUUCUGUCGAUCAGAAUUCUUCCACUCCAUUCAAGAAUUCUUUUAUAAUGACAGACAUUGCCCCAAAGUUGUUCGACUCUAUUUCUGGAUCUACAAUAAUAGAAAACUUCCAAAAUUUCAAAAAGCAUUGGUCCGUGUUAAAAUCUAUUGACGAAGAUAUAUAUGCAAUCUCCUGGAAAUUACCAAUAAUCUUCAUUGAGACACAAGACAACGUAAUUGAUUUCAAAAUACGAUAUUAUUGUGGAAAAGAGAAUUUCAAAGUUGAACUUUUCAUUUCAAUUGACAUAUCGAACUUGCUUGAAUAUCCAAACAAUUUGAAAAUUAAAGGACAGCUCAUUAGAUCUAAUUAUAAACUAUCCCAGCAGACCAUCAUUACUAAUUUUCUUAAUGAUUGUGUUCACAAUGCUUUGGUUAACAAAGAUACACAGAUUAUAAUAGAUGGAAUAUAA